CUUUGGUUUUAAUUAAGUGUCAAAGUUUCAAUCUUUUUUUUUUUUGUUUAGUCAAUGACUUCAACGCCCGAAAAACGUGUGUUUUCUUCAAGAUUGCUUUCAUGUUUGAUUGCCAUUUCAAUGUUCUUUUUUAUCCUUUCGUGUUCACUUCUCUUUCGAAUUGGUGAUAAUUCAUUCGUACCUAGAUCAAUUUACAAUCUCAUUGUUGUUGACCAUGGGUCACUAGAGGCCGAAGUUGAGUCCGUCAAACGUGGAGUCUCAUGUGAUCCAAAUCAAGCUUUACUGAAGGCGUUUAUGUAUGAUUUACCUCCUGAGUUUCACUUCGGGUUACUAGGUUGGAGAGGAAACACGAACCAAAUAUGGCCUAAUGUUGGUAACCUUAGUGAUAUCCCUAAAUACCCAGGUGGGUUAAACUUGCAACACAGUAUAGAAUACUGGCUCACUCUUGAUCUAUUAUCGUCAGUUAGUCCAAAUGUACCUAGAUCUUGCAGUGUGGUUCUUGUACGUAAUUCGAGUCAAGCAGAUAUUGUUUUCGUUCCCUUUUUCUCGUCUUUAAGUUAUAAUAGGUUUUCUAAAAUUGAGGGGACAGAAGAAAAGAGUACUAAUGAUAUUUUGCAAGAGAGGUUGGUCGAAUAUUUGAAUGGUCGGGAGGAAUGGAAAAGAUUUGGAGGGAAGGACCAUUUAAUAAUGGCUCACCAUCCAAAUAGUAUGUUACUUGCUAGAUGGAAAUUGGGCUCGGCUAUGCUAGUGCUUGCAGAUUUUGGUAGAUACUCGGAUGAAAUUGCAAAUGUGAAUAAAGAUGUGAUUGCACCCUAUAAACAUGUUGUUCGGACUAUUGAUGCUAGAAUUUCCCCUACUUUUGAAGAGCGGCCCACGUUAGUGUACUUCCAAGGAGCAAUUUAUCGGAAAGAUGGUGGAGUGAUUCGUCAAGAAUUAUACUACUUAAUGAAAGACGAAAAAGACGUGCACUUCACAUUUGGAAGUGCUGGUGGAGGCGGGAUCCGCAAGGCAUCUACAGGAAUGGCAGCCUCCAAGUUCUGUCUCAACAUUGCAGGAGAUACACCUUCCUCAAAUCGCCUUUUUGAUGCAAUUGUUAGUCAUUGUGUUCCUGUUAUCAUCAGUGAUGAAAUCGAGCUACCGUAUGAAGAUGUUCUGGACUACUCCAAAUUUUCCAUAUUUGUCCGUGCUUCAGACGCCUGCAAAAACGGGUACCUUUUGAAUCUUCUUAGGGGGAUUAAGAAAGAAAAAUGGACCGAAAUGUGGGAAAGAUUGAAGCAAAUAGCACCACAUUUUGAGUAUCAAUAUCCUUCAAGGCCUGGUGAUGCAGUAGAUAUGAUAUGGAAGGCAGUUUCAAGAAAGGUAUCGACUUUACAAUAUAAAGCCCACAGAAAAAAUAGAUACAGUAUGUCACAACAAUUUUUAAAUGCUCAUUAAGUAGUUUGGUUUUUCUCCCUUUAGAAGAUUGAUAUUUUUUUAGCUUCUGAGAGGGAUAUAUAGAUCACAGGUAAUGUAACAUAUAUUCAGAAUUCAUAAAUAUAUGAAAUUGAGUAAUUUAAAUUUUUUAA